AACAAGAUGGCGGGCGGUUUUGAGUGGACCUGACUUUUCACUCUGCCGCUAGUAUGUAAGUAAUAUCUGUUAUUGAUGUCGACUAGUUGUUUUGCAGUCGUAGGUGUUUCCUAUUAUACUUCAUUUUGUUUAACAUGAUGAAAUUUUCGGUUCAAACUCGCAUCAUUCGGACGUCGCAGAACUUCUGACGGACAUGCCUGUUUGCUUUUUUAGUUUUUUAAGUCUCACUACAUUUUCUAUUUGCAUUUUGUAACUAGCGCACUUUUCAUACUCACCCUUCAUGUUUUAGUUAUGAAUAUUUUUGAGUCAAACUUAAAUUGUGCUUUAUCGUUUAGAUCUUCAUCUCAUGUAUAGAUUCAGUUUUCCUCUACUUCUGCGAAAGUACGGUAGUGGGACCAAGGAGUCAGUUUCUUCUAAUAGAUUGAAGGUAUUAAGAUCGAAGCUAGCCCUAGGAACAUGCAGUAUGCUAUGUGGAUAUGUUGGGUUUUUAUUGCUUACGGAUAGUGAAGACACACCAGAAUACUAUCCUCGUCAUAUAACUGCUUCAUUUUUUCGACAGGUCCCACUGAACAGUCUGUCUAAAUUUUGGGGUCGGUUGGCUGAAUGUCAUAUCCCAGUGUUCUUAAGACCUAUAAUCUACCAUUCCUAUUCACAUCUGUUCCAUUGUGAUUUAAGCGAAGUUGAAAACCCUGACUUAAAAAGCUAUACGUGCCUAUCAGAUUUUUUUGUUCGAAAGAUUGCUACCGACAAACGACCUAUUAAUUAUUCAGCAUCAUUGGUUAGUCCCGUUGAUGGUGAAGUACUCCAUUGUGGUCCGAUUAAUUCAAAAAAUGCUGUUUUAGAGCAAAUUAAAGGAAUUCGCUAUUCAUUAGAUGAAUUUCUUGGUCCAGUGGGAAGCAUAGAAAGUUUAAAUGGAAAGAAAUCUGACUGUAGCCUUUAUCAAUGUGUUAUUUAUUUAGCUCCAGGAGAUUACCAUCGAUUUCAUAGUCCUGUUGAAUGGAGUCCUACAGUAAGACGGCAUUUUCCAGGCAGAUUAUUUUCAGUACGUCCGAAUAUUGCUGGACGUCUACCAGGUCUAUAUACUAUCAACGAACGUGUAGUUUAUUUAGGAGAAUGGGAUCAUGGAUUAAUGUCAUUCGCAGCAGUUGGCGCAUUUGGUGUUGGUAACAUACAUGUAAAUAUUGAUCCAACAUUAAUUACAAAUAAGAAAGAGGAUAAUGCAUUACGUUUUCGUUCUUCAAAUACAUCAAUAAUGAUAAAUCAAGAAUAUAAACCACCAUAUUUGGAAGCAAUAUUUAAUGGUGAAAUGAAAUUAAAGAAAGGUGAUGAAUUAGGCUGUUUUCGUCUAGGAUCUACAGUUGUUCUGGUUUUUGAAGCACCUACAAAUAAAUUAAAAUGGUGUGUAAAGCCUGGUCAACGAGUUAAACUUGGUGAACCAAUUAUAAUGGAUUGCUAGAUUUUUUUAAAAGUGGAUUUAACACCAUAAGUGUUAUCAUUCUUUGUACAUUGAUCUGUGACAUAUAAUGUUUAGGUAAAUGAAUAAUUUCAUUAUGAUAAUAUGUAAAUAAGAACAAUUUUAUCUUAAUUUUUAUGUUUUAGAAUGAUUGGAUAUUGAAUAAUCGUAAUUAAAUUGAUAUAUCCAUUAAAAAUGGAGUAUAAUACAUCAACUUAAAGUGUUGGUUA